UGUCACCGUAAUCUGUGUUAGGCUUCGGCGACGUUGACGGACGGUGCCAAGAGUCCGUCGCGCCGUUAGCGAUGGUUGAUCAAUCCCUGCUUACAAAAGUCCAUGAGCUGAGCGAUUUGGAGCUCGCUGUUCUGCUUUGCCUCGUGAGCCGCGAGCACUGCUUGAUUAGCACACCGUCACAUGUUGUAGAUGACCUAGUUCUUGAACUACAGCUGGUCGCAGAGCGUACGUUUGGGCUCGAAUGGACUGUAAUUGAUUGCAACCCGUCGACAACGCUUGACGACUUUGUGAGCGCUCUACUGGGAAACCCUUCUAUAACAAGCCAUGAUCCGUCAGACCUCAGCCGUAUCUCGGCCGAGAAUUCUCAUAGCAGGCCUUCUACUAGGCUAACGGGAACACAACAAGAGGGAAAGAUUGUCAACUUUGUUAUUGCCAAGAAUCUCGACCAAGCAUCUCAAACUGUACAGAUUCAAGCACUGGAACUCCUUCGGACGAGGAGGGUCUUUACGCACAGGUCGGUACAAGUUGCCCCAAAGCAAUUUGUUUUUAUGCCUGUCAUCCAAGCAGUCAAAGGCGGGUAUGCCCAUGUCACGCAGCAUCUAAACGACUUUCUGGCCAUGGCGCAUUGGCACGACCCAGAGCAUGGGUUUGUGAACCUUGAAGAUAGUGGUAAAGAUGAGGCGCAAUCCAAUGCCAGCAAUGCAAAGAAUGAACCCUUGAUUUCAGAAGAUAAUCUGACAAGCCUACGUGAGGCUGCUCAACAAGUGCAAGUCGACAUCGACGUUAUUCGCUACCAGAUGAACAUUGUUUCCUUUUUGCGUAUGCACCGCGCCGUUGCCCAAGGAAUCACACCAAUGGCAACAAAACACUUUGACCAGCUGAUGCGCAAUCUCGCGCCAUUACAUAAACUCGAAUAUGUAACACCAGCGUUGGUAGAUUUGGCCGCCAAGAAAAUCUACUUGCACAGAAUACAAAUCACCGAACCCGAGAACGAAAGGAGUAUGCAAUGGGGAAGCACUCUUGAAGCAGUGACCUCGCUGCUAGAUGAUAUUGGUCCGGAAGAGGUCAUUGAGGAGACAUUGGAAAUGGUCACCGCACCAGUGUAAUGAGUAUUAUGAAGCAAGUGAAUUAAAAGUCUAUGAUUGAUUAAUGAGGAAUAUGGUGGCUACAAGAGCCAAAAGCGCCGUGAAGUCUUUUGUGAUGCCACAUCACAUCCCUUCGUGUUUAGUACAUGCAAUGCUCGUUUCCGUUAUCAACGCCUAUGUAAUGAUUUUUUUUUCCAAACAAUGUUUUCAAGGAACCGGUUUAUCUAGCCUUGCACUUCCAGCCAGAGUUGGGUUCAAGAAGCGGCAAGCUGGCGCCGAGGCACCAACCCAACUCAUUGCCCUUGAUCUUCUUGGCGAUUCUGACCUCACGGUCGAUGGGCAUAUCGUAUCCGGUGUGCAGCAGGGCCAUCAUGAAGUUCAGAUCGAGGCAGUGAUCCGGGCGAUCUUCGAGCUCAGCAACGGCGUCCUUGAAACUGCCAAAGACUCCCCAAGCGCUCUUACCCUUGCAAACAGUCUGGGUAAGGUCGUGGAGCUCGCGCAGGGUGAAGGAAUCGGGCAUGCCAAGAAUCUUGGUACGAUCAUAGAAGAAGGAAAAGAUGUACAAGGGGGCGUUGGCAAAGGUCUUGGUCAGAAGGGGUUGGUAGAUGCCGUUGAAGGAGCAAGAGCUGUGAGCGCAGUCGGUCUUGUUGAGGUACUGCUCAGCAAUGUUACGGCAUUGGGCUGGAGCUGGCUCCUUGGGGCCAUCGAAUUGCAGUUCGUACUGCUUGUUGGAGAUUGUCACGUUAACCUUCUUGGACAUACCAGGGGCGAUGCAAGGGUGAACGACAGGCUUGUCCAUCCAGCUUGAGCCCUUUUGAGACUCCGCAAGGUCGGAAACAAACUUGUUGUGAAUACCUUCACGAGCGGCCAUGAGGCCGUAACCGAGAUGGGAGUGCUGGUACAGUUCAAACUUGCGGCCUCCAAAGGCGAGGCUAAACUUGUUGUCACCUUCCUGGAGCCUCUCAGGGACAGCACCACCGACGCUCUUAAAGGUGGGCUCAAAAACGAUUUGGGUAGAACCGCCACCAAGAUCGAAAAUGGCAGCAGUCUCAGACUUUUCGGAAGAGCCAAUGUUGCCAAGGAGAUAGUUAGUGGUGAUCCAGGCGUAUACACCUUCGUCGGAGCCGUCCAUGACUUGCACACCACCCUUUUCAUCGGAAACGAGAGGGAAAGGGUAGGCAGUCUCGAGAUAGGUUCGAACCUGAGCAAGGAUUGCAUCAGCCUUUUCCUUGCCAACCUUGCGCAGGCCAGCUGUAGCCUUGACGGCAAUCGGUGUGCAGCCCCUCAGCUUCUCAGGGACUUUGUCCAUGGCGAGGGCAAGAAGAGGGUCAAGGGUCUUAGCAGCGCCAACAGGGUCGUCGGGGUAUGCGCUCAGACCACCAAUCUUCUUAUCGUUCAUCAUGAAGUCUUCGCUUUCAAGCUCAGGUGUAGGGCCGCAAUUGUUGAACUUGUAGACAUGGAUACGGGAGCCGGUACUGCCGGCAUCGACCAUCAAGACAUACUGAAUGAUGGGCUUGUCGCGCGAGUAGGACUUGGUGCACUUGGCAGGUGCAUGGACGGUAUCGGAGCCAACCUGGAUGUUACCGUUUGUGCUCUUGACGCUUUCGCGCUGAAUCGAUACGCCGGCAGGGGAGAACCAGUAGAAGAUGCAGACAAAGAAGAAGAGAAUGGCGCCUGUUUUAAAGUAGCGCGUCUUCUGCGACGGGGACAUGUAUGCUUCCUUCAUUUUGGACCAGAGAGAGUUGUUCUUUUGUUUGGGUCGGUAGCGGCCGGGUUUUUCGUGAAGGUCGAGGUUUGAUUUUCUUGAAUCGGAGCCAAGGUUUGCCUGCAUCAGGCUAUUGCGGCGAUGCACGGAUGACGACUGUGACGACAGCUUGAAAAGUUGUCGCGACAGGCGAUCUGAGCAAGUUGGGCUGAAUAAAAAAAAAGAGAAAAGAAACGAAACAGCGGAGGCAGUCAGAAUUAACGAGAGUCGAGAAGAAAUGGAAAUCGAAGCCGGCUUGGGGAGGAAGAAGGAGAGAAAUGAAAAGGAGGUAAAUCUGGACAGUCCAAGGUUUUGGCGGGAUGAACACCUAACAGCAAAGGCAAGGGAAAAAAAAUGCACGAUUCCAGGGGCCAGCGAAUCAAAGCGGGAGGAACAGGGAAAAGGAGGCUGUAGAAAGGUACUUGCAAUUAUAUGGGGCAUUGGUGGUGGCGCUAUGUACAUGCCGGGAU